ACCACGGAAUAACUUCUCUCUGGCUGAUGAGCGUGCGCUCGCGUGGAGGAGGAAAUUAAAGAUGAAUGGAUUAGAAAGCAGAGAGAUACACUAAAAGAAUGGGGAUUUAUAAGAGCUAUGAUGUUUAGCCCCAUUUACAGAGCACAGAAGGUAAAAAAAACCUCUCGGAGUUGGCGUGAAGUUUCCUUUACCUUAAAAAUCGUACCCGAAUGGACCUAUUGCCUAAAUGACAGGGUGCGCGUUUUGAUUAAUGCACUGAAGGCCUUUUAUGCACAGUAUGCGCUUUUACGCACGGAAUGCGCCUUUACGCAGGGAAUGCGUUUUUACGCAAGGUAUGCGUUUUUAUGCACGGAACAUUAUCCAUUAUCUUUAUCCAAAAGAACCCACGUGUCCUCUGUGACCCUGGUGUAACACCAUGGUGACACUUGUGUCACAGACCCUUUAAAAUCUGUGUAAAAUUUCUUACAGCAUUUAGUCCUUUAUUUUAUCCCAUGAAGCUCCUAAGUGACAAAUACUGAGCAUCCUGAGAGCAUCGCAGCACAGUGUGUGAAUCUGUCUGUUCAUCUCACCUUAUUUACCGAAUGUUGGAGUGAUAGGACACUUGGAGAUGCCUAAAAGGACACUUGGAAACGCCAAAAGGAUACUUGAAGACGCCCAAAAGGACACUUGGUGAUGCCCGAAAGGAAAAUUGGAGAUGCCAAAAGGACACUUUGAGAUGCCCGAAAGGACACUUGGAGAUGCCCAAAAGGACACUUGGAGAUGCCCAAAUGAUCACUUGGAGAUGCCCAAAUGAUCACUUGGAGAUGCGGAAAGGACACUCGGAGAUGCCCAAAAAGACACUUGGAGAAACCCAAAAGGACACUUGGAGACGCCCAAAAGGACACUUGGAGACGCCCAAAAGGACACUUGGAGAUGCCAAAAGGACACUUGGAGAUGCCAAAAGGACACUUGGAGAUGCCCAAAAGGAAACUUGGAGAUUCCCAAAGGGACAUUUAGAGAUGCCCAAAAGGACACUUGGAGAUACCCAAAAGAACACUUGGAGAUGUCCGAAAGGACACUUGCAGAUGCUGGAAGGACACUUGGAGAUGCCUAAAUGGACACUUGGAGAUGCCCAAAAGGACACUUGGAGAUGCCCAAAAGGACACUUGAAAACGCACAUAAGGACACUUGGAGAUGCCCAAAAGAACACUUGGCGAUACCCAGAAGGACACAAGGAGAUGCCUGAAAGGAUACUUGGAGAUGCUGGAAGGAUACUUGGAAAUGCCCAAAUGGACACUUGGAGACGCCCAAAAGGACACUUGGAGAUGCCCGAAAGGACACUUGGAGAUGCCCAAAAGGACACUUGAAGAUGCCCAAAAAAACACUUGGAGAUACCCAAAAGGACACUUGGAGAUGCCCAAAAGGACACUUGGAGAUGCCCAAAAGAACACUUGGAGAUGCCCAAAAGGACACUUGGAGAUGGCGGAAGGACACUUGGAGAUGCCUGAAAUAUUACAGCAAGAAGCACUCUUAACUCAAUAUAACAGUUUUGGAGAAACUGAAUAUUGUAUGUGGUGAUUCACUGACACUGACCAUAGCAAAUGAUCCUGCAAUUAUUAUUAAAGGAAAGGUAAG